GUAGCUUUGUACCAUUGUACUGCACUGCACAGUACUCUUUGCAGUUCAGUUACAGUACCGGUGCGGAACGCGGCUCCGGUCCAGUACGAACAUAAUAAAUAACUCAUACGGUGAAUGCAAAGUGUUUGUGUUUUCUUUGCGACGCUUUAUUGGUUGCAAACCGGUGGGAUUGGUAUAUUUUCGUUUUACACUUACAUUUUUGUGGAAAUAAACCAACACUUGCCUUUUUCGAUUAAACUUUCAGUUUAAUACAAUACUUGUGUCGAUCAAUGUGAAAACAACUGUCGCUUUAAUAAGUUAUGAUUGAAUAAAAUUGCAAAGCUUUGUGGUGUACAAAAGCUCCGAGUGCAGGGCGUCGUGAUACGUUUACUGAGUGGUCGUGCUUCUAUGGAGCUCGUAGGCUCAGUGGUGAAGCGGGUGUGAGUGCGAUGAAGACGACCGCCUGAAGAGCUUAUAGGAUGUGCAAGGCGGGUGUCAGCGGCGCGCUGCUGCUGGCGCUGCUGAGCGCGGCUUCGCCUCCGCCUCCGCCGGGCGUGCCCGGGGAGGACCUGCCAGCAGGCGGCGGGGUCGGCAGCUUGGGUGACAAGUGCCCCGUGGAGCACUUCUGGUGCGCGGACGGUUCGCGGUGUCUGCCGGCGGCGUGGCGCUGCGACGGGCGCGCGCAUUGCGCAGACGCCUCCGACGAGCUGCACUGCACGUGGAACGCGACGUGCGGUGCGGGCCAGUUUCGGUGCGAGCGCAGCGGCCUGUGCAUUGCGGCGGGCUGGCGCUGUGACGGCGACGCGGACUGCGGCCCACACGACGACUCAGACGAGAACCCCUACAUGUGCGAGAAGGAGUUCCGGUGCGGCGGCAACGAGGCGCGCUGCGAGACGCCGCUGGGCGGACGCUUCUCGUGCGUGCCCGUCGCCGCCUUCUGCGACGCGCGGCGCGACUGCGUCGACGGCAGCGACGAGUGGGACAUCUGCGACAACUUUACGAGGUCUCAAUGCGGGGCGCUGGGCUGCGCGCACGGCUGCCGGCCAACGCACCGGGGCCUCGCCUGCUUCUGCCCCGAGGGCUACGAGCCCAGCGAGGGACGCUGCAUCGACAGCGACGAGUGCGCGCGCGAGGACACAUGCGCGCAGCUAUGCGUCAACUCGGCCGGCUCGUACGCGUGCGCGUGCGCAGCGGGAUACACGCUGCAGCCCGACGGCUCCUCGUGCAUCGCCGACGACGGGGACGAGCCGUUCUCGCUGGUGGUGGGCACGGCGGCGGGCGUGGCGCGCGUGUGGCCGCGCGACCGCCCCCCGCGCGUCGUCACGCGGGACGCCCUCGACGUGCGCGCCAUCGACUUCCUCUACGACAACCGGUCCGUGUGCUACGUGCACAGCAACGUGAGCCGCGCGAGCAUCGUGUGCGUGCCGGCGGACAACAUGACGCACUACAGUCUGCACCUCCCCACGCCCGCGCUCUUCCCCGACGUCGACUCGGUGACCCAGCUGGCGAUAGAGUGGGUGUCGCGCGACUGGUACGUGUACGACGAGGCGCGCGAGGUGCUGUACGUGUGCGAGGCGACGGGCCGCCAUUGCCGGCUGCUGCUCGACGGCCUCUCCAAGCUGCACGGUCUCGCGCUCGACCCGCUGCGAGGGUUGAUGUUCUGGUCGGUGUGGGGCGCGGUGCCGCCGGCGGUGAUGCGCGCGGGGCUGGCGGGCCUUGAGCGGCGCCCGCUGGCCGCGCACAAGCUGGUGUACCCGGGCCCGCCCGCGCUGGACCUGGUGGCGCGCCACGUCUACUGGCCCGACGCCUACCUCGAGUGCGUCGAGCGCGCCGACUACGAGGGCAAGCACCGCACCACCGUGCUGCGCGGAUACAGCAGCCAGCGGCUGCAGCGCACGGCGGUGCUGUCGGGCGCGCUGUUCCUGCCCGCGUGGGAGGCGCGUGGUGUGCGCGUGGCAGCCGCGCGUCCGCCGCACGCGCCCCCCGCCCCGCCCGGCGCCGCGCUGCUUCCGCUGCCCGCCAGCCCGGCCGCCGUGCUCGCCUUCCACCGCCAAGCGCAACCCCGCGUUAUACACAAUGCGAUUGAUAUAUUCACCGGCGGGUUGUGCGCAGUGGAUCACCCGUGCGCCAACAACAAUGGAGGUUGCGCGCACAUCUGCGUGGUGGCGUACCGCGACGGUGCGGGCGUGGCGCAGUGCCUGUGCGCGCACGGCUACCGGCCGGCCGGGGAGCGCGACUGCGUGCGCGCCGAGCUGGACAGCUACCUGGUGGUGUGCCGCGGCGCGCCGGCCAUGGUGCAGGCGCUGGCGCUGGACGCGGCGCACGCGGGCUGGGAGCCGCUGGUGCCGGCGACGCGCGCCGCGCGCCCCACCGCCGCCGACGUCGACCUCGCCGCCGGCUGGCUGUACUACUGCGACGUGCAUCGGUACGAGAUAUCUCGCCAGCGGCUGGACGGCAGCGAACACGAGGUGUUCCUCAGCGAGGACGUCGACAACUGCGAGGGCAUCGCCAUCGACCCCAUAGGAGGCAACGUGUACUGGACGGACGACACGCUGGGGCGCGUGUCGGUGGCGCGGCUGGGCGACGCGGCGCGCCGGCGCGUGCUGGUGCAGGAGCCUCACUACAACCCGCGCGCCAUCGCGCUCGAUCCACCGAACGGCGUGAUGUACUGGUCGGUGUGGGCGAGCGCGGUGACGGCGCGCGGGCGCAUCGAGACGGCCGACAUGGACGGGUCGCGGCGGCGCACGCUGCUCGACUCCGACCUGCACUGGCCCAACGGCCUCGUCUACCAGCCCGACACCGACACGCUGUACUGGUGCGACACCUACCUGAACAAGAUAGAGCGGCUGCGGCUGCGCGCGGACGGCCGGCACGAGCGCGAGCUGGUGGCGCGCGACGAGCCCGCCGCGCCGCUCAGGAAGCCUUACGGACUCGCGCUCUACGAGGGCGCGGUGGUGUGGAGCGAGCACGGCUCGGGCGGCGUGCGGCAGCUGCGCGCCGGCCGCGUGACGCAGCUGGCCGCCCUCGCGCCGCCGCUGUACGACAUCCGGCUCGUCUCCCGCACGGCCGCCAUCGGUGACCCUCAUUUUACUCUUGGUCAAACUCCGGAGUGCAGCGGUGCUAUGUUCAAGUGCGCGAACGGCGCCUGUCUGCCCUGGGAGUACUACUGCGAUGGGCGCGCCGACUGCGCCGACGCCAGCGACGAGCGCGGCUGCCGCGCGCCCCCGUCCCCGCCCCCGACAGACGCCCACGCCCCGCACCGCGGGCGAGGUAACGACACGGACCGACACGGCCUGUGCGAGGACCACGAGUUCCAGUGCGACAACCGGGAGUGCAUUCGAAUGGAGUUCCGCUGCGACUCUCGUGUGGACUGUCUCGACGGGUCGGACGAGGCGGAGUGCACGGCCACGCCCAGCCCGCCCCCGGCCACGCCCACCGCCACUCCCGCCGCCACCGGUCCCGCGGCUGGCGAGUGCUUGUCACCCGCGCUGCCGUGCGACGCGGGCGCGCGAUGCGUGCCGCUGCCGCAGCUCUGCGACGGCGUACCCGACUGCGCUGACGGCGCGGACGAAGCUGACCGAUGCGGCGAGCCGAUGUGCGAGGUUGCUGCGUGCUCGCACGGGUGCCAGGCGGCGCCCGGCGGGCCGGUGUGCACGUGCCCGCCGCCGCUGCACCUGCAGGCCGACGGUGUCACCUGCGCGCCGCGGCACGCCUGCGCCGACUGGGGCGUGUGCAGCCAGACGUGCCGGCCGCACAAGAACCGCUACAAGUGCACCUGCUACGAGGGCUACCGGCUCGCCGACGACGGCUUCACUUGCAAGAGCACAGAGACGGCGACUCCGCUGCUGGUGUUCAGCAACAGGCACGAGGUACGCGGCGUGCAGCUGCCUUCACUGGCGUCGCGCGCGCUCGUCGCCUCGCUCAAGAACACCAUCGCGCUGGACUGGCGGCGCGACCCCGCCGACCCCGCGCACGUGCAACUGUACUGGACCGACGUCGUCGACGACAGCAUCUACCGCGGCACGCUCGCCGGCACCGCGCUGAGCGGCAUCGAGGUUGUGGUGCAGCAGGGGCUGAGCGCGGCGGAGGGGCUCGCCGUGGACUGGGUGGCCGGCAACCUCUACUGGGUCGAGAGCAGCCUGCAUCAGAUCGAGGUGGCGCGUGCUGACGGCCGCUACCGACGCACGCUGCUCUCCGAGGACAUGGAGAGCCCGCGCGCCAUCGCCCUCGAUCCUAGGAAGGGUUACCUGUUCUGGAGCGACUGGGAGGCUGAGGCGCCGCGCAUCGAGCGGGCGUCGCUGGCGGGUCGCCGGCGCACGAGCGUGGUGCGCGUCGACGCGCUCAGCGACGGCGCCUGGCCCAACGGCAUCGCGCUCGACCACCUCGCCGAGCGCCUCUACUGGGUCGACGCCAGGUCCGACUCCAUCCACACGACGACAUACGACGGCGGCGACUACCGCGAGGUGCUGCGCGGCCAUCCCGCUCUCUCGCACCCCUUCGCCAUCACGGUGUUCGAGUCGCACGUGUACUGGACGGAUUGGCGCAGCAACAGCGUCGUGCGGGCCAGCAAAUGGGACGGCUCCAACGUCACCGUCGUGCAGCGCACUCUCACCCAGCCCUUCGACGUUAAGGUGAUCCACCCGAGCCGGCAGCCGGCGGCGGCCAGCAACCCGUGCGGCGCGCGCAACGGCGGCUGUUCCCACCUCUGCCUCAUCGACUCGCCCGAGACGCGGGUCUGCGCCUGCCCUCAUCUCAUGCGCCUCGCUGACGACCAAACCACCUGCGAGGCGCACGAAAAGGUCCUACUGAUAGGACGCGAGGGUGAGAUCCGCGGCGUGGAUGUGACCGCGCCCGCGGAGACGCUGGUGCCCACCAUGGCCGGGCCCGACGUCUCCUCGCCCGCGCACAUACAUUACCUCGCCGCGGACUACCUCGUGUACUGGGCCGACACCGAGGUGAACGAGAUAAAGCGCACGCGGCUGACGGGCGGCGCGGUGACGUCGGUGGUGUCGCGGUUCGCGUCGUCGCCGCGCGGCUUCGCGCUGGACUGGGCGGCGCGGCUGCUGUAUUACUGCGCGGGCGAGUCGCUGCUGGCCGCCGGGCCCGCGGGCGAGCUCGCCACGGAGCUGCUGCGCCACGCAGACCUCGCACACCUCACCGCGCUCGCCGUGCAUCCGCUCAGAGGGCAGGUGUACUGGGCGCUGGGCGCGCGCGCGGCGGGCGGGGAGCGCGUGGAGGCGGCGCGCGGGGACGGCUCGGCGCGCCGCGUGCUCGUGCGCGCGCAGCACCACCCGGACUUCGCCGCUCUCACUAGCUUGGCGCUGGACGCGGCGCGCGACCGCCUGUACUGGGUGAACGCGGGCACCGCCACCAUACAGUACUACGAGCUCGACUCCGGCGUCCUCGCCACCCUCCCGUUGGAGAGCGGAGCGCGGCCCGUGGCGGUGGAGGUGCACGCUGGCCGCGCGCUGUGGGCGGACGCGGCGGGCGCGCUGCGGGCGUGCGGCGCCACGCACUGCGACCGCCCCACCACGCUGCGCAACAACACCGAGGGCGUGGUGUCGCUGCGCGUGUGGGACGGCGCGCUGCAGGCGGGGGGCGGGGCGUGCGGGCGGCGCGCGGCGGCGGACCGCUGCGCGCACCUGUGCGUGCCGCUCGACGCCGCGCUGAGCGACUGCCGCUGCGCGAUCGGCUACCGGCGGGAGGGCACCGCCUGCACUCCCAUCGACGAGGUCCUCGUGUAUCCCCUGGACUCUGACCUGCAGGGCAUCCACUUGAACGCCAGCGCGGACAACCCGGAGCCCAACCUGCUGCCGCCCAUCCCCGGCCUCGCCAUGGCCACCGCCAUCGACUACUACGCCGCGGGCGAGUGGGUGUACUGGGUGGACGGCGAGCGCGAGUGCGUGUGGCGCGCGCGGCGGGCGGGCGGGGCGCGGAGACGCGUGGCGGCGGCGGGGGAGGGCGAGGGCGAGGCGCGCGCGGCGCUGGCGGCGCUGGCGAUAUGGUCGAAGGAGCGGCAGUCAAGGCGGAGCGCCAACCCGUGCGCGGCGGCUGAGGGCGCGGAGGGCGCGGAGGGCGCGGAGGGAGCGGAGGGUGCGGCGGGCGCGGGGUGCGCGGCGCUGUGCCUGUGGGACGGGCGGCGCGCGCGCUGCGUCUGCCCGCACGGCCAGCUGGCGCCCGACGGCAAGGCCUGUCUGCCGCACAAGGCGUUCCUGAUGUACUCGCGGGUGACGAAGAUCGACAGCAUCCAUCUCGAGAACGACACGGACCUGAACUCUCCGUACCCGCCCAUCGAGGACAAGGAGCUGAUGCGCAACGUGAUCGCGCUGGCGUACGAGUACAGCGAAUCGCGCCUCUUCUACUCCGACAUCCAGCGCGGCUCCAUCAACACCGUGCACUUCAACGGCAGCGGGCACGAGGUGCUGCUGGAGCAGGUGGGCGCGGUGGAGGGCAUGGUGUUCGCGCGGGCUCGCGGCGCGCUAUACUGGACGAGUGCGGCGGGGGUGCGGGGCGCGGAGGUGGCGCAGGUGCGAGCCACGCCCCGCCGCCAGCGCGCCGCCCUCGUGCGCGACGUGCUGCGCCUGCCGCCCGGCGAGCGCCCGCGCGGCCUCGACUUCGACCCCUGUCAACAGCGGCUGUACUGGACCAACUGGAACCAGUCGCACCCAUCGAUCCAGCGCGCGCUGGUGGGAGGGCUGGCGCUGCAGAGCAUCAUCAGCACCGACAUCCUGAUGCCCAACGGCUUGGCACUGGACCACGCCGCGCGUCGACUCUACUGGGCCGACGCACGCCUCGACAAGAUCGAGCGCGCGCACUACGACGGCUCGCACCGACACGUGGUGACGCGCUCGGAGGCGAAGCACCCGUUCGCGGUGGCGGUGGGCGGCGGCUGGGUGUUCUGGUCGGACUGGGUGGCUCGCGCCGUGCUGCGCGCCGACAAGCGGGCCGGGGGCGCGCGUGCGCUGCGCCGCCACCUGCCUCGCCCCAUGGCGCUCGUCGUCGUCGCGCCUCAGCACCAGACCUGCGAGAAGGACCCGUGCUCGAUACUGAACGGCGGGUGCGCAGAGCUGUGCUCGGUGUCGGCGGAGGGUCAAGUGGCGUGCGCGUGCGGUGCGGGGCGCGAGCUGGCGCGCGACGGGCUGGCGUGCGCGGCGGCGGGGGCGGGGCGCGCGGCGUGCGGGGCGGGACAGUUCGCGUGCGCGGAGGGCGGCUGCGUGCCGCUGGACCUCGUGUGCGACGGGGUGCCGCACUGUAGCGACGGACAGGACGCGAGCGACGAGGACCUUUAUUAUUGCACGUCGCGCACGUGCGAGGCGGGCUGGAUGGCGUGCGGCACGGGCGGGCGCUGCGUGGCGCGCUCGGCGCAGUGCGAUGGCCGCGCCGACUGCGACGACGGCGCCGACGAGCUCGGCUGCGACUGCCCGCCCACGCACAUCAAGUGCGAGGAUGGCAUGUGCGUGCCGGUGUCCGGGCGCUGCGACGGCGUGGUGCAGUGCGCGGACGCGAGCGACGAGCGCGGGUGUGCGCGUGCAUCGUGCGCGGCGCUGGGCGCGCGGGCGCUGCGCUGCGGCGGCGCGCAGGCCUGCUACCUGCCCGAGUGGCGCUGCGACGGCGUCGCCGACUGCCCGGAUGGCGACGAUGAGCGGCACUGCUUCGCCGGUAAGUGUCGCCGUUUCCGCGAUCACCUCCAGUUCACCUCUGGAACCGCUAAUUUGUCGGGUUGGGUUUUAAGCAUACGUUUUACAUAUCAGAAAGUACCGAGAGCGGCGGGACAGAGAGUCCGGAGGAGGCGAAGGCGGCGGGGGAGUGCGGCGAGGGGCAGUGGGAGUGCGCGGGGCGAGGGCGGGGCGGGCGACGCGGAGGUGGAGUGCAUUCCGCUGGCGUGGCGCUGCGACGGUCGCGCCGACUGCAGCGACGGCUCCGAUGAGACCCUGCAUUGCGGCCACGUGACCACCCCUAAGAACAACAUAACGCGGUGCGGGCCGGAGCUGUACGAGUGCGCGGUGUCGGGCACGUGCACGGCGCGGGCGCGCGUGUGCGACGGCGCCGCGGACUGCCCGCACGGCGAGGACGAGGCGGGCUGCCUGUGCGCCGCCGGCACCUUCCGCUGCCCCGCCUCCGCGCUCUGCCUCGACUCGGCGUUGUACUGCGACGGCGACGUGGACUGCAGCGACGGGUCGGACGAGCCGGCGGGCUGCACCGGCGUGGCGGCGGGGGCGGGGGCGGGAGCGGGGGCGGAGGCGGCGGGUGCGGACCCCCUGUGCCCGGCGGGGAGCAUACGGUGCAGCGGGCGCUGCGUGCCGGGCGCGCUGGCUUGCGACGGUCGCGACCACUGCCUGGACGGCGGCGGUAGCGGCGCCGGCUCCGACGAGGACCCCGUCAUGUGCGAUUUUGCAGCUUCGUACUCGCGAGCGUUCGGGUCGGGGGGUGAGACGGUGGGGGGUGUGGGGGGUGUGGCGCUGUGGGGCUGCGCGCGCGGCGAGUGGCGCUGCGCGAACGCGGCCUGCGUGUCUGCGCGCGCUCUCUGCGACGGCAACGACGACUGCGGCGACUACAGCGACGAGUGGCGCUGCGACGUGAACGAGUGCCUGGUGCUGAACGGAGGCUGCGCGCACAACUGCACGGACCUGCCGGCCGGGCACGCGUGCUGGUGCCGCGCGGGCUGGCGGCGCGCGGGCGCCGGCGCCUGUCGCGACGUCGACGAGUGCGCCGAGGACGACCCCUGCGACCAGCGCUGCCGGAACACGCUCGGCAGCUUCGUCUGCUCGUGUCACGAUGGAUACAGACUUAUGGCCGACGGCAUCAGUUGUGAGCCUAUCUCGCCUAUCAAAGCGUCCCUCAUAUUCACGAAUCGGUACUACAUCCGUCAAACGAGCAUCGCGGGCGAGGAGGCGGGCGAGGGGGCGGGUGCGGUGACGUCACUGCUGGUACACAACCUGACGAACGCGGUGGCGCUGGACAUGGACUGGGCGGGCGGCUGCCUGUACUGGAGCGACGUGACGCGUCUCGGCAGCUCCAUCAAGCGCGUGUGUCGGGGGGUGGGCGCACGCCCCCCGCCCCGCGACCCGCUGCGCGCGCUCGACGCCUCCACUGCCGACUACCAGCUGGUGCAGGGCGCGACGCUGCAGAACCCGGACGGGCUGGCGGUGGACUGGGUGGCGCGCAACGUGUACUGGUGCGACAAGGGCACGGACACUGUGGAGGUGGCGCGCCUCGACGGCCGGCACCGGCGCGUGCUGCUGCGCGGCGGUCUGGCCGAGCCUCGCGGCCUCGCGCUCAAUCCCGGCGCCGGCACGCUGUACUGGUCGGACUGGGGCGCGCGCGCGCACAUCGGGCGCUGCGGCAUGGACGGGUCGGCGCGGCGCGUGCUGCUGGAGGCGGGCCUGGGCUGGCCCAACGCGCUCACGCUGCUGCCCGCCAACAACGAGCUCUACUUCGCGGACGCGCGCGACGACUUCAUCGCCGUCGCCGACCUCGACGGCAACCACAUGCGCAUACUCUUCUCCAGAGAGCAGAUGCCGUGGCUGCGGCUGCACCACGUGUUCGCGCUGGGCGUGUGGGCGGGCCGCGUCUACUGGAGCGACUGGGAGACGCGCGCGCUCGAGAGCUGUCGCCGCCGCCCCGACCCCCACUACAAGGAAGGUAACGACAGCGCGCCGGCGGGCGGCGGGGCGUGGCGGUGCCGCACCGAGGUGCACACUGUGCACAAGCCGAUGGACCUGCGCGUGUACCACCCCGCGCGACAGCCGCCCCUCACAAACUUGACGGCGCUGUGUGAGCGACUCAACUGCACGGGGCUGUGUCUGCUGACGCCGAGCGAGGCGGGCGGGCACGCGGGCGGGCACGCGGGCGCGCGCUGCGCCUGUCCCGAACACUUCGUGCUGGCGGACGACGGCCGCUCCUGCACGCCCAACUGCACGGCCGCUCAGUUCGUCUGCCAAAAUACCCUCAAGUGUAUUCCCUUUUGGUGGCGCUGCGAUACUCAGGACGACUGCGGCGACGGAUCCGACGAGCCGGGGUCGUGCCCGCAGUUCCGGUGCGCGCCCGGCCAGUUCCAGUGCGGCAACGGGCAGUGCGCGCACCCGGCGCACAUCUGCGACGGCACGCCGCACUGCCGCGACGGCUCCGACGAGCGCGCCUGCGACGCCUUCGCCUGCCUCGGCGGCCAGCUCAAGUGCCGCGGCAACGCCACCGCGCGCGCCCCCCCGCGCUGUCUGCCCGCCACCGCGCGCUGCGACGGCCGCGACGACUGCGCCGACGGCGAUGACGAGCGCGACUGCCCUCCGCGCACCUGCCCGCCGCAGCACUUCACGUGCGGGAACGGCGCGUGCGUGCCCUCCGUGUGGGUGUGCGACGAGGACUCUGACUGCGGCGACGGGUCGGACGAGGGCGCGGCGUGCGCGGGCCGGCGCUGCGCGCGCGACGAGUUCCGCUGCACGUCGGGGCGCUGCGUGCCGCGCGAGUGGCUCUGCGACGCGGAGGUGAACUCGCAUUCGACAGCCGGAGACAGGGCAAUGCAAACACCAACACACAAAAAAAUACUUACAACCAUCUUUCAACUGGAAGCAAUUAGGUUUCAUAAAAAAAUAAACCACUUUUUUAAAACCCACUAUUUAUAUACAGAAACGGCGGACUGUCCGGGGCGCGAGGACGAGGCGGGGUGCGAGGCGCGCGCGGCGGCGCCCUGCGAGCCGACCUACUUCCGGUGCCCGGACGGGCGCUGCAUCCCGGGCCGCUGGCGCUGCGACUUCGAGGACGACUGCGGCGACAACGCGGACGAGCUGGCCUGCACGCCGCGCAACUGCUCCGAGUCGGAGUUUAGGUGCGCGAACGGCGAGUGCAUCCGCGGUGCGCUGCGCUGCUCGGGCGCGGUGGAGUGCGCCGACGGGUCGGACGAGGCGGGCUGCGCGCCCGACUGCAGGCCGCACGCUCGCCCCUGCACGCACUCCCGCCAGUGCGUGCUCAGCGAAUGGUGGUGCGACGGCGAGGUGGAUUGCGGCGACGGGUCGGACGAGACGGAUUGCGAGGUGGCCGGGGGCGGAGCUGCGGGCGGCAACGGGACGAGCGAGCAGGGCUCGGCGUGCGGGGCGCGGCUGCGGUGCGGGCGCGCCUGCCUGCCGGCCGCGUGGCGCUGCGACGGCCGCCGCGACUGCCCCGACGGUGCGGACGAGGAGCCGCACAUGUGCGCGCACACCGCCUGCCACCCGCCCAUGCUCCGGUGCAGCGACAACACGUGCAUCCCGCAGAGCUUGGCGUGCGACGGCCGCGCCGACUGCCCGGACGCCGGCGAUGAGAACCUGCAACUCUGUCGAGCGGCGGCUGGUGCGGCUGGUGCGGGGGGCGGGGCUGUGUGCGGCGAGGGAGAGGUGCAGUGCGCGGAGGGGCGGUGCGCUCCCUCCAGCGCCGCCUGCCUCGAGCAAGGCGCGUGCAGCUGGCGCUUGUGUCCGCAGCUCUGCCUGCCCAAACACGAGCACAACUACACCUGCAAGUGCGCGGCGGGCUACAAGCAGCGCCAGCUCUCCGACGGAAGCCUCACAUGUGAAGCCAUCGGUGAGAAGGCCAAGCUGGUGGUGGCGGUGAGCGGGGCGCUGCGCCUGUGGGACCUGCACAAGGCCGAGCACGACCCCGAGCCGCCGGAGGAACCCGACAGUGCGGAGAUCAGCUGCGUGUCGGUGGCGCCGCUGAACGGCACGUGGUGGGCGUACUGGGGGGACGCGCGGGGCCGCGUGCGCCGCGCGCCCCUGCCGCCCCGCCCCGCGCCCGCACUCGCCGCCGAGACACUGGUGCCUACCCUCCUGCCAUACGUGCAUUCUAUUUGUGUAUCGAGUAUUUUCACAUUUAUACGUUUACCGUUGAGUUUCAAGCUAUAAUUUUAAAAGUGCUAAAGCACGUAAUUCUCGCCAAAGGAUUCUAACUAAUAA